AUGGACGCCAACACGAACAUCCUGAUCCUUGGUGCGGGCACCAUUGGUCUGUCGACGGCUUAUCACCUGGCCAAAGCCGGAUAUAAGAACGUCACCGUUCUCGAGAAGAGCGCAUGUAUACCCGCCGACCUCUCUGCCGGCAAUGACUUCAACAAGAUCGUGCGCGCCGAGUACGAGGAGCCAUUUUACACAGAGCUAGCGCUCAAGUCGAUCGAGGCAUGGCAGACGCCGCUCUUUGCUCCGUUCUUUCGCAAAGUGGGAUACUUGAUUGGCAACUCCUCGACGGCCCCGGAGAAGAGCAGGAGGACUCUUGAGAAGUCAUUGAGCACCAUCGCCUCGCAGCCGGCAUACAAGAACAAGGUCUCCCUAUUCAAGUCGCGCGAGGACAUUCGCGCCAUCGCCCCGGUAUUCGAUGGACCUAUGAAGUGGCAGGGCUACUUCAACCAGCAUGCGGGAUAUGCCAAGGCCGGUGACGCGCUCAUUGCUGUGUACUCGGCAUGCUGUACCCUGGGCGUCAAGUUCUACCUUGGCGACGCCGUCGAAUCGGUGACCUACGAUGGCGACAGGUGUACCGGUGCCAAGACUGCCUCGGGUCGUACUCAUGCGGCAGACAUUACUGUCUUCGCCCUCGGUGCCAACCUGGCCACCGUCUUGCCCCAGAUUGGCAAGCAGGUCGUGGCAAAGGCCUGGCCCGUGGGCCACAUCCAGCUCACAGCCAAGGAGGCUGAGCCUCUGCAGGGCAUCCCCGUCACGUAUGCUCGCGACCUCGGGUUCUUCUUCGAACCGGAUCGCCGCACGAACAUACUCAAGCUCUGCCCGGCCGUCGCUGGCUACACGAACUGGAAGUCCGACGGCUUGUCCAUACCAGUCUCGACCGACGACUGGAUCCCUCCCACAGACGAGGCGAGGAUCCGGAAACUGCUCAGAGAGACGCUCCCAGCGCUGGCAGACAGGCCGCUGAUCAACAAGAAGAUCUGCUGGUGCGCCGACACAGAGGACUCGAACAUGAUCAUCGACCAUGUGCCCGGGAAGAAGAACUUGGUCGUUGCCGGCGGCGACUGUGGUCACUGCUUCAAGUUCCUGCCGAUCAUUGGCGAAUGGGUCAAGGACAUGCUGGAGAAGGGCCAGCAGACCGAGGGCAGGUGGCGGUGGAAGGACGGCCAACAGGGCGGAGGCGACGUGAGUUGGAGAGUUGGCGAAACCAAAGAUCUGAAGGAGUUCAGAGCCAAGCUGUAA